UUCCACCAAUCACAGGUCGCCCAGAACAGUCAGAGGCGCUCUGGGCUCCAGGAGAGGCUGAGCUCACUCGGCAGGAGGCGGGGAUUGCGGAAAAGCAGAACCAAUAAGAGCAAACAUUCCCCGCCCCUUUGCCUUGAUGGACUACCACAUUCGGGCCAAUGGGGGAAUUCUCAUUUCGAAGAAAGCGGGACUUGUUCCCCGGGUUUGAGAAAGAGGCCGCGCGCAGCGGGAGGGGUCAAGGCUGCGCCUCGUGGAGUGGCCUGGCCUAACAGCCGGGAGGGCCUCGUGACGCUCUUUGACCUCCCAGAAGAGUCACGUGGGCUGACCGCGAGAAGGGGCGGAAAGGCACCCUAAGUUUCUUCCGGGUCAUUGACAGAAGCGUCCAUUCUGGAAGUAAUUCGUUGGCUUUUCCCUUCAUCCUUUUGCCUGCUCCCGGCGAAGUGUGGUUUUGGUUUCGGCGAUGAGCUCCCAGAAAGGCAACGUGGUUCGUUCCAGGCCCCAGAAGCACCAGAAUACGUUUAGCUUCAAAAAUGACAAGUUCGAUAAGAGUGUGCAGACCAAGAAAAUUAAUGCAAAACUUCAUGAUGGAGUAUGUCAGCACUGUAAAGAAGUUCUUGAGUGGCGUGUAAAAUACAGCAAGUAUAGACCAUUAUCAAAACCUAAAAAAUGGAUUAAACGUUCUAGCAAGGAAACAUGAAGCCGGUCCAAUGUGCUGCUGGGAUGGCCCCUUGAAGCUUGAACAUGAUGAUGACCUUCAGCAAAGGAGGUGGAGAUGUACAGAGGAGGAGGUUAGUAGGCUCAGAGAAGAGGGUGUGAUAGAACGGAUUUAUUGCGUAAGACUAUUUAUUACCGACUGGGCUUUCCAGGAGGGUCCAGAGGUAACUCUUUUUAUCAAAGAGAUCAAAAAUGUGCUAGAGAGGGGCACCAGAAUCAUUGAAAGCUCAGGGGUGUCUUCCUCUGUAGGUUGGGGCUAAUAAUCUUAGGUGGUAUCGGAAAGCUGAUCUCUCUGAUGUCAAUGGGAACAGUAAGAUUUCAGAAUGACAGAGACCAGCAGCAGCACUUAAGCAUCAGGUGGAUGGAGACAUAAUUAUCAUAAUUAACAGUAAGAGUGGAGUGUCAAAUAGAUCACCUUGACCUUCAAGAGGGUAAUGAUGCUUCAUAGAGCAUGUUCUUAGAGGUGAGGCAGAUGAGCAGCCAACUAGGGUGAUGCUUGAGUUAUAGCCAGAAAAUAAAAGAAAUAAUGAGAGAAGGACUGAUGUUAGUUACCAGUAUAAAUCCUCUCUAUCCCCGUUUUCAUAUUUAAGUAAUUCUCAGACCCAGAGUCCACUUAGAAGGGAGCAUGGGUCUUUGGAGGGAGGAUUCUACAGCUCUCCAGCAAGUAUAUACAAUACAUGGUCCUCUAAUUCUCCCCCCAAUAGAACUACAUGCUGGGGAAGUUUCUAUAUGCGCCCUGUCCAGGGCUAUUGGAUACAGGAUUUCAGCUGCAAAGUUUCAAGGAGGACCAUCAUAUCCCUGAUCAGUUGCAUGACCCCUGUAAAAACCAGAUGGGCUAUGGCAAUAAAGGUGGACUACAACAGAUUUACACAAAUGGCCCCAAUUAUAGCUGCUGCACUAUAUCUUUACUGUUACAGGUCUGGCACUUGAUAUUUGGUUAUUGGUCUGAAGAACACUUCCCCCCACAUUCUGUCAGUAAAAUUGAUCAAAAGGGUUCACAUUAUUGUGGGAAGUAUAGUAAUGAACCUUCGCUGAAUUGGGUCAAGGUUGUAUUAAACACCGUGAUUUCUGAAAUAAAAUAGUCUCCAUGAUCCUUGAUCAUCUUGACAUUUUGCAGCAUAUCAUGAUGGUAUCUCACUGAUACUCUGUUAAUUGGAUCUGGGGAACAGAAAGUAGCAAAGACUGUGGAUGCUCUAGUUAGAUAUAUGGGGUCCAAGAUAAAAUGAAAAAGGUCCAGGGGGCUGCCAUCUUGGUGAAGUUCAUAGGGGUCCAAUUGUUAGCGAUAUGCUGGACAUUCCCUUUAAGGAGAGAAACAAAUCAUAGCAUCAUGUCCCCUCCACCACCAAAAGGAGUAGUGAUUGUUAAGCAUCUUUGGAUUCCAAAUGCAGCCAAUUCUGAGUGGAGACCAGUGCAAAAAAGGACUUUAUAACAGGCUAGAGCUGUGCUGCAGUCUGCCCUGAGACUAGUGCUAAAUGACCCAGCAGGCCCAGUGGUGCUAGAGGUACCCAAGGUGGAAAGGAUGCUGCUCCGUCUCUGACAAGCUCCAGUAGGAGAAGCACAGAACUGUAUCUCACAGUCUUUCUGGAUACAAUCAUGCCUUCUGAAGCAGAGAACCACACACUAUAGGAAAAGAAGCUUGAUGAGGGCUAUCGCGCCAUUGUAGAGCCUGAGAGUAUCUGACUAGGAUGCCAAGUGACGAUGAGAAUGGAGAUGCUCACCAUGGAUGGGGCAUCAUCAUAACCACUGAUGCAUAAGGGACUUUUGUUAUUUGUUGCACAAUGAAAAAUGGUUCAUAAGGAUCAGGCCCAAGCAGGUCCAGAGGGCAUGUCACUUUUGUUGCGCUAAUGCUUCUUCUUCAGUUCACACACAUGGCCUCAAACAGCUUCUGGAUGAUCCAGUGGUGAUCCAAGUUCUCAGUGAUCUUGCAUCUGGUUCACAGAUGGUGUGGCUUGGUACGAGAAGGGAAGAAGAAAAUGGACAGUUGCCACCUUAUAGUCUCCUUCAACAUUGACCUUAAGGACAGAGUGUGGGGGAAAUCCUGUCAGUGGACAGACCUGCAGCUGGUACACUUGGUUGUUCACUUUGUGUGGAAAAAGUGGCCAGAGAUACAGGUAUGCAUAGACUUCUGGCUAGGAGCAGAUGGCGUGUUUUGUUGACCAGGGGUGUGAAACUAGCAAUAUUAGAAGAUUGGAGACAUGUGGAUUGCUAUGGUCUAAAUGUUUGUGUCUCCUCAAAAUUCACAUGUUAAAACCUAAUCUCCAAGGUCAUGGUAUCAGAAGGUAGGGUCUUUGGGAAGUGAUUAGGUCAUGGAGGGGAUUCCUGCCUUUAUAAAAGAGAUCCCAGACAACUAGCUAGCCCUUUCUAUCAUGUGAGGACACAGUAAGAAGCCAACAUCUGUGAACCAGAGAGCAAGUCCUCAUGAGAAACGAGUUCCUUGGGUAGGUGUUUUCCAGAAGGUAGUUUUUUUUGUUUGUUUGUUUGAGAUGGAGUCUCACUCUUUUGCUCAGUCUGAAGUAUAAUGGUGCAAUCU